UGUAAACUCUGGGAACGCUGACUGAGUACAGAAACUUGCUUACAUUGUUGACGAUGGCCCCGGAUGUCACUCUGCACAACAAUCCCUACGUCACGCCCCACCCCACAGAGUCCACAGGAACCUGUGAUCCAACUCUCAACAUGAACCUCAGUCUUGAACUUACAUCCUUCCAGGUGAAUUCAUGCCUCUUCUGUCUGGAGGGGACCCUAAGAGGCUCACCAUACACCAGCUGGGCCUAUGGCAACACGGGGCUCUACCAUCCCACAACUGUGAGCCCCCCCUGGGACUACACCCCUCCCCAGGCCUCUGAAGAUUCCUAUGGGAGAGGCACCUUCCCAGAGAACUUCAGGACAGAGCGACUGAGUCCGGACCUGUUGGCACUGGGACCUGCAGUGCCUUCCUCCAUCCCUGUCCCCAGCAGUGCCUACGGGCCCCCCGACUUUCCCAGGAGCUUCUUUCCUCCAAUCAGAAGCCCCCCCAGUCCAGCGGUCUAUUCUUCCCCCAACCUUCCUGGAACCCUGCCCCUGUCCACCUGUGCAGAGGCCAGGAAGAAUAGGUACUGCAGAGCGAGAGCCACUCCACAUUGCUGGCUGUGCAAUGCCGAUGGUCAGAUGAUGAAAAGGCAGAACAAGUCCCAAAGGCGCCGGAAGGUCAGCAAGCGGGCAGGUGCCCAGUGCUCCAACUGCCAGACAACCAUCACGUCAGUGUGGCGGCUGAAUGCCAAUAGAGACCCCGUGUGCAAUGCCUGCGGCAUUUACUACAAGCAACACCAGGUGAACCGGCCACUGACCAUGCGGACCGAUGUUAUAAAGACUAGAAAACGCAGGAUAUCACAGAAAGAAAAGAAAGCAGUGUCGAGUCUGGCAGGCACAGGACCAGCUGAUGCUCCGGCUGGUGGCUUCAUGGUGGUGGCUGGGGGCAGCGAUGGUGGGAAUUGUGGGGAAGUGGCCUCAGGCUUGACACUGGGCCCACCUGGUACUGCCCAUCUCUACCAAGGCCCCGGCCCCGAGGUGCUGUCAGGGCCUGUGAGCCACCUCAUGCCUUUCCCCGGGCCCCUGUUGGGUUCACCCACAGACUCCUUCCCCACAGGCCCCAUGCCUCCCACCACCACCAGCACUGUGGAGGCGCCACUGAGCCCAUGA